GCUGUCACUCUGCUCUUCUACCUGUUGGCCUUCCUGGUCAUCCUGCAGAGGGUUUGGGCUUACAUCGGCUGCUUCAUUUGCACAUAACCCCAGCAGGAGACACAUCCACCCUCACUGCUGCACAGUUCAGCUGGAGACUGAGACAAAGAGUCCUGCUUGGACCGGUCCUCCUCCCUCCUCCUCUUCCUCGUCUUUCACCCUCGGUGAGGUUCCUCGUCGACCCAGUUUCUGCUUCUCCUGGCUGAACUCUGUCCACAAGAAGUAGAGGAAAGAGAAAAGAGAAGAUGUUUUGCUAAGGAGAGAAAGCA